AUUGAUAAUCAGUCCUCCGUUACCAACAGCACAGCUGUAGCCAUUACCUCUUUAGUUUACGUGUUCGCGCCAGCAGAUUUCAGCAUAAAACUCGUUCUUGUUGUACUUUUUGUAAUUUUUGGAGUCAUCGGAUUGGUGGGCAACAUCCUAAUUCUUUACUUUCUUUCCAAGAAAAAGUCAGUUCCCUUCCUGCAGUCUUCUCCUUUCCUAAGAAACUUCAAUCUUUACAUGAAGAGUUUAGCUCUUUCAGAGAUACUCGUAACUUCCACUGGAGGUGUUUUAGUUUGUAUAGAACUAAUGUGUGAUGUAUUCCAAAAUGGCUGGCCUUGUAAAAUACGUCGAUAUAUCAGUGGUACGUUUUCCGUUAUAAGAGCGAAUAAUUUAAUUGUUAUAAGCACCGAGAGGUUUCUUUCAACCCGUGAUGUUCCUAAAACGUUCAGUGGUUCCACUGUCCGUAAAUUAGUGUAUACAGCGUGGCUUUCAGGUUUUUUUAUGGGGUUGUUUCCAGUAGCAACAACAAAUGGUGUAAGAUACGAUAUUAAUGCUACACAUUACACAAUGGUCUGUAAACCCGAUACCAGUUAUCUACCUAACAGAGUAAUUGUAGUAGGCUUUGUACUGAUACAGGUCGUCAUACCAAGCAUUGCUUUGAUUUGUAUGAACAUCAUCAUAGCCAGAAGGAUAUGGAAAGGAAGCAAAAGAAGGAUCGAUAUACAACGAGAUAACGCCAUUAGGGCGAGGAUGAGAUCACACCAAAUCAAAAAAACUAGUUUAAUUAUAAUUGUCACCAUAGCUUCCGUUCUUCCUUAUUCGACAAUACUGUAUUACACAGCCUUUGUUGCUGUAGCUGAAGCAUCGCUAGAUUUCCAGGAAGAUUUUGUGAUAAGACAUUUUAGUCGGGCGCUAGUUUUUUCCGUCAGUGCUACAAACUUCAUCAUAUAUCUGGUUCAGAUGAAGGAUUUCCGUGUAUUUUUACUGAAACAUUUUUGCGGCAAGAGUGUUGGAGAUGCUCAAAUUAAUCCUAAUGUAGAAUAGCCGGGGAGCACAUAGUUGCCAUGCGGCUUACCUGUCAGCGGUGAGUUAAAGAUACAUAGUAUCAAACCGAUAAAAAGUUUUAAUUUAGAACUUUCAGUGCUACAGAACUGCAGCUGUUAUAUUGAAGAAGACUGAGCUUAUUCAGUGCAAAAUAUUGCAACUACAUAUAACUUAAUUUUAACAGGCAAUUCAAAGUAUUGGCUCAGAAAACGAAAAAUUGAGGUGGCAUAGACUGUUUAUAUCUUCUCUUUCCUCAUCACAUUUUUCUGAACUAGCCUGGGUCAUGCGUUAAAGUUGUGCCAUAUAAAUCAACCUCGUUUAAAGAUAAGAGGUCGCAGUAUCACUUAAAUACGGUAGUUGUACAGUGAUUAUGAUUGCCAAUAACUCAAACAAAGUAUUAGGCGUUACUGAAUGUUCCGUGAGAACUCCAAAUGUAAAUAUAUUUUCAAUGCUGCACAAAUCUCUCGUACGGCCAAUCUUAGAAUAUGCAGCACCAGUCUGGAGCCCUUAUCUGGCAAAGGACAUCCAUUUACUUGAAUGUGUACAGAGAAGCGUCAAGAAUGACCCUAAACCAACGUAAAGGAGGGAUGUCUUAGAGGAACGAUGCCAGCGGGGUAAGGGGCUUACUUUAUCUGAUCGAAGAACUUGUUUAUCUUUAGUCGAAUGUUACAAGAUUGUCUUUGGUUAUUAUCAUCUUAACUUUGAAGAUCUUUUGAAUUCACUACUACUUAAUCUACAGGGGCAAUCAUUCUUAUAAACUUUAUGUCAAAUCAACAAGACUAAAUUGUUAUAAACAUUCUUUUUUUCAUUAGAGUAGUCAACUGUGGAGUGAUUUACCCAAAGACAUAGUUGAAGCUGAUAGUCUUCAAUUAUUUAAAUCCAAGCUAAAACUAAAUCUCAAUGUUUAACCAAGUGAAUUGCCUUUUACUGUUAUUGUAGUUGUCAAUAUGAGAUUUUUAUCUUUAUAUUUAUUUCCUUAUUAUUUUGGGGAGUUUUAGCAUAGCAAUAACCUCAUAACUUCCCAUUCAAGAUGUCGUUUUUCAACUUUUAAACCUUGUAUAUAUUUUAAUGCAGCUUGAACAAAUUAUGUAUGUAUGUAUAUAAAGUGAAAAGGUGAAUAAUCAAUAAACUUAUCUAUUAACUGUUUGACUCUGUUCAAAUUAUUUUGUUUCAUAAGAAUUUUACACAUGUCCGAGAACAAGGCGCGGUGACCAAGGAGACCCCGGGUACUGGAAUAAGCGACGCUGUGCUUUUUAAAUUUUUCACCCCUCAAAUGCAGCGCUUAUUUGAAGGCGGCGCUAAUUUGGGGUGGAUCUUCCUGGGUAAUCGGGGAGGCGCUUAUUCGAGUAAAUAUGAUAUGGGUGAACCUAUGAGAUUUCAAGCUUAUAUUGAACCCAAGACAGUUUAAUUCAGUUUUAAAUACCCAGCUCUGAUUGGCUAGAAAAAAAUUCGGAUGACGUUUUGAAUUUAAAAGAAAUAACAAAAUAAUAAACAAUUAUUGGAUGAGGUUUUUGUGACAUCCGGAAUAAUCAAGGUCGAGGUAAGUGUUAUCAGCCAAAGCCGAAGGCUGAGGCUGAUAACACUAACCGCUAAGGCGCCCUAUAUUCAUGAAAUUGAAAGGUCCAUUUUGGUUUACCCAAACUCGUAUGAUCAAAGGCGGAAAAGUAUCCGGAUUCAUUGGACAAACUGUUUACACUACAAAACAUUGCGAAUUUACAAGGCAUCGCAUUUACUCUAGAUUUCGGAUUCAAAAUCUAGAGAGACUUGACCAAAUCGGCACAGUUCAAUUCUUAUUCACGCGCUGUAUCUGCUUAAAAACGACAAAACGAACCCAGUAACAAAAUUGUCCAAAUGUAAGACAGAUGAUUGACGUGCAUCAGUCAAUGGACCGAAACACGCGACAAAGUAUUUUACAAUUUGCUAAUUGGACUUCAUAUGUAGAAAAAAAGAACUCUAAGGUUUUCAACGUAACCAAAUCUUAAAUCAAGCUAAAAAGAAAGGUUUUGGGGGGCUGGUGGGGGGGGGAGGAGGGGGGAGCGAUUUGGAGAAUUGUGCGUACGUCUGAAACAAUCCUGGCUAAGCCCCUGGUUUUCAUGAUUAUGCUCUGCCUUACUAAGCGACCAAUCGUGGCCAAUUCAACAACGGAAGUGUGAAGAAAUUGUUUGCAUCUUUCUUCGUGGACAUGAUUUGUUUGUUGAAAACUCCGUAAAUGAAUUACUAGCCUAUUACUAGGCUAUUAAUAGCCCUUUCAAACAAGAACUCGCAUGAAAGCUUGCUCAACUUUUAGGUCCUCAGGAACAGACGCCGAUUGGUUUCAUACUGGAUUACCCAAUCUCGAACCACUAGUAGUAAAAACAAGACCAAGACGUUGCCCAAAUAUAGCAAAGAAUAGGGCUACGCAGAAUUUGAGAAAUUUUCCUAACAUUGCGCAGAUUACGAAUCUGCCGCCGAGGCAGCCUCGCUUUUUAGCUCGGUUGCCUCGUUGGCAAUUAACCAUGAUCAUUAUGUAAAAAUAUUUUGCGUUGAAUUUUUAUGUCCUUUUUCGUCUUUAACGCAAAUGUCCGCCCUAUCACGCAGCCAAAUUGACAAGUAUGACACAGAAUGAUUAGCAAGCAUGUAAAAUAAUCAGUAACUUGAUGGCGGCAAAUAAGAAAGAUUGUCGUUGUCGAGACCCCCAUCAUCUUUAGAAUCCUCAUUUGCUUCGCUACACUCUUCUUACUGUCAAAUACACCGCUUUAUUCCACAAAAGGCAAAACAAAGACCAGAAUCAGAAGCGAAGGCCUCAUAAGACUUUCUUUGACUCGUUCCGAGUCUCUAGGACAUUUCUCAAGGGGAAAAAGCAGUUUUUGGACGGCCAAAAUUCAUGAAAUUUUUUUGGGGAGACACAUUUUAGAAUUGUUAAUCAAACUUAUCUAAGAACCAAAACCAGUUUUAAAAAUUUUAUGUCAUAUACACUUAGAAACAAGUUAAAAAUUGGCAAAAAGCUAAGACUACCGGAAAAUAUGAACAAAAGUGAUCACCUGUUACUUUGUUUGUAAUUUCCCUAGAAAGUUUAUCCAGUGAGACACCGCAACGCUUUUUAAACUGAAAAUUGAACAUUGAAUAAUGGCCUCAGUUUUUAGACAUAACCUGGAGAUACGAAUAGGAGGGCUAGCAGUUUCCCAGAAUUUUAUACCUAUCAAUUUUCAUAAACGCUUUCAACCUGAUGCAAUGUACGUAAUUAGUUGUAUACACUUUCAGUUGUAAUUUUAGUCUUCUUAGAAAAAACAAAAUCCCUGUACUUGAAUUUACAUGUAAGGUGUUUCUUUCUGUAUUAUCUGUUUCUAAAAUCAGUUGUCCUGCCUAGAUCAGCACAGUAGCUAUUUGCGGGACAUAAAGUAUUGUAAAUUUUAUAGUUCUGUUAAUAGAUACAUUGCUGUUGUUGUUGUUGUUGUUGCAAUGAAAAAAAAAAAACAAGAAUGACCCUCCUAAAAAGUUGGAGACGAGGUACGCACAAACGUUAAAACAGCUAUCACAUGAAACUACUGCCGGAUACCAUAAAACAUACCGUAUGUUACAUUGUUCGUUAUUUCUCUGGGAUGUAACAAAACUAGACCAUUCACGGUUUUGUUCAAUCUGGCUUUCAAUUUUGGCGGCAGGAAACUGAGUUACAAUGAAAAAAUCCUUGAGAUGAACAUACAAUAGAAAAUGUAACUUAUGCAGUAGAAAUUACCAAACUCAUUCCUGACAACAGCAUUUUCAGCAGAACGGUCUUACAGCCUGUGUUCACAUCACUGGCCGUGAAUGCGAGCAUUCUUGUGGGAGCAGCAGUAUGUAGGUACAGUUUGAACUGAGAAGAGACUUGCUAACAUUAAGAUCGGUAAGUUCCAAUUCUUUAACUGCUUUUUUGAUUUCACUGUAUUUUCUAUCUGCACUCGGUGAAAAAAUAAUACCAAUCUUGUUUUGUCUUUUUUCAGCCUCAGCGUUCCGCUCAUUUGCGGCAGUGAAGAGUUUAAAAGACGGGGGUCUUUCAGAAAUUUGCGCAUUAAGAAUGACUUUUUCAACUAAGGUUAGUAUAGUCAAAAUAAAAUGAUUAUGAACAAUAUAUUCUAUGAAUACACAAUUUAACUUAAAAAUAAUUUGAUCUUUACACAUUUAGCUAGUUAGCUAAUAAUUUGUUUCUUGUCACACAGUCCGUUUUUUGCUGACCGCAAAGUGGAAAGUUCAGUGAUCUGGCAUAACCAACGAGUGCUUCACUUUUAUUGACAAGAAAGGUAUAGUAGGCACUUGCUUUUUGAAAACCCCAUUUAAAUUAACCAAAAUUGCAAUACUCAUGAUAAUCAAACCUAAAAUGUGAGCGAAAUCAGACUUUGGAAAACAAUCUUAGAACAAAAAUGGGGCUUACGGUCGCUUGAGUGGAUUUUUCCAGUUUUUAAUUGGUGGUAGUGCCUCACAAAGUCAGAGAAUUUGCUGCAUUGCUAUUCACGAACAAAUCUGGAAAACGACCUCCACAGCUGUAUUAGAGAAAGAUGACUUUGAUUUUUGUUAUCAUCAGUGUUUUAUUGACUUCAUAGUUGUCAUGGCGUCAUAAUCUUAUAAUCUAUUUUAGAGUGGUCGAAUUUCUCGGAAUCGGAUAGGAAAGCUUGUCCCUGCAGAACUUCGAGAACACUUACACCUAUCAUCCGGCAAGAAUAUAAAACAAUUUGAUUUUACUGGUCAUAAAUAUUUUUUAAGAAAUUAGCGCUGUAAGUGGACCGUACUUUUCGAGGAAAAUCGCGUCUAGUGAAAAUUUUGCAGAUAUUUUGGCUGAAAUGUCUCGUAUCUGCUUUAAAUAAGUAUUCAUACUAUUAUGCUUUCUUGGUAUGCCAAAAAAUUUUGAGAAAAAUCUGUGAAGUAAAGACGGUAACUGUGAAAUUGUUUUUCAAUUUCGACGACGAAUUGCUUUGAGACGCAAUGAGCGACUUCUAGCGCCUGCAUUUCUAGAUUCUUUUCUCCGUCUCCAAAAAUAAGCGUUUACAAGUUGAGUUUUUGAAACCAUUUUGCUCGUUUACGCAAAAAAAGAACGGUACUAUUUUUGAUGGUACAUGCGCGUUUACUUGUAUCCAACACUGUGACAAAAUCGGUUUGAAAACCUCUGUUUUCCUCGCCCAAAUAGGAGAGCUUGCUCGCAGGCUACCUUAAAACCGACUUAGCUCACUUGCGGUUACUUGCGGUUUCUUGAGGUUUGAGAAAGGCGAAACACGUCAAUCAAUCGUAAUUAUGUUGCGUGGGAAAAUAGCCUUAAGUUAACCUGAAGUAAACAAGAAUCGGUUUCGUGUGAAUCUUUCCUUUACUUGAAGUAAUUAAAAUUUACUUGUCUUGAAAUAUUUCUUAGCUUAUUUACGCUCUAGUGUAAAGACUACCAUUGACUAGUCUGUCUACAGCAGUCCCCUCCCCUCAGAAAAAAGGCAGUUUUUGCUACGACGACGGCGACGGCAACGGCAACGAGAACGUCAAAACAGCAAUAGGUUUAUUAAGCAAAACAACACGUUUGCACGUGCAUCACGCUUUUUUGUACACUUCCUUGCCGUUACUGCACGACUACGACGUUAAAAUGCCCAAUUUCACGUAAGAGGACGUAAACAAGCGACGACAAACUUUUCUUUCUCUUUCUAAACUUGAGUGCGGUCCCUAAGAAAUCAACUCCAGUGAAAUUGGCCUACAUUAGACAUUUUCAGCAAAUUGGAAUAAACCGGACAAAACGCUAAUUCAUUUUACAGUCAAACCAGGUCAAGCGUUCCCGUCGCUAACAAACUAAUGAAUUCAUUAAUGGAAAAAUGAUUUCGUUUGUUGAUUCAAUAAUCCAUUCAUAAAAUGAAUAAUCCAACGGUCAAAUUGUACCUCGAUUCAAUAAUCAAAUGUUGAUUUGGUUUAUGAACAAAAUCUACCUGUUCUUUAUUCUUGUCUGUUGUGUUCAAUCGUAUUUGCUUCCCUUUUCCUGCCGUUUACGAUUGCGUUUUUCAUUGCCUUUAAUCAAAAUAACAGCUAGAAUAGACAGACCGCAAACGCAAAGAAACUGACAAAGGCCGAGGAUCGAAAUCCACCAAUCACCGCACAUACACUGACCUCAGUUUGACCGUCGUGUUUUCUAAGAGGUCAGGCCUAGGUCUGUUGCACUGAUUAUUGGCAGCAAACUGGCGUACAUGUAACAGUUUGUUUGGGUUUGAACUUCAGAACUCGCCAGCACUCGACUCUCAGAAAAAAAAGAGGAAAAAACAAAAUUCUGAGGUCAACUUGUGGAAAGUGGAAUUUUUCAAAAAACAGUAAUCGAAUCAACAUUCGAUUAUAGAAUCGAGUCUAAAUAUUACUGUUGGAUUGUUCAUUUUAUGAAUGGAUUAUUGAAUCAACAAACGAAAUCAUUUUGGGUGUCUAGAAAACGACGACCUAGAAAACGAAGACCUACGACCUAGAAAACGACGACCUAGAAAACGACGACCUAGAAAGCGACGACCUAGAAAACGACGACCUAGAAAACAACGACCUAGAAAACGACGACCUAGAAAACGACGACCUAAAAAAACCGCGGGGAGUGGGGGGCGCUUAAUAGAAGUGUGAGAAAUGCCCCAUCCCCGGAAAAAACCAAAAUAGCAUAUUCAUAGCAAAUCUCAGUGUAAUCUUAUCAAACGUGCCAAACACCCACGCAAAUCGCUCAUAGCCGCUAGUUACCCGGGGCUGGUUAUAAGUAAUGCUAAGGUCAAAAGGUCUAAUUCGCACGUGCAGCACCCUUUUUUUGCACAUCGUAGUACGUGCAGACGAUUCUCUCAAAAUUUCUUGGAUGCAUUUUGGGCACUUUCCAUGCACCCAAAACUUAAGAAACUUUGGAAACAGCGGCAAUUGGUACAGUAUUUUCCCGGAAAAGUUCCCAGACUUCCGGAAACGUUUCCGAAAUGCGAACCAUUCAACCAGAAAUUUUAGACAUUCGGGAGCAAAUUUGAAUGCGGAAAGAAAACUUCCCGAUGAUAAUUUUCGAAAAUUGCGUAUAUAUCGCGAAAAUGCUGUUCCAUACGGUACUGCAUGGAAGUUGCCGAAAAUUUAAACCAGACGUUUUGAUUGAAUGGAAUGGCGCCCAUGCAAAGGUAACCAAAUUUGUUACCAAUUGUGCUCCCUUUGCGCGAGCGCGUAAGAGCUCCACUAAAAAAGUUUCUCAAGUCAAAUUUUCCUUUAGUAUGGUCAGAAUGAAGUCAUGAUUCAACCUGACUGACUACUGGAAGCAAAAGCUUUGCUUUGACCUAUUUAUUAUCCUGAUAUCAAUUUAAACAAAUUUCCAUCAAAUCUAAAUGACCUAAAUAAUAUACACUGCUUCACUGGCGCGUCGUUUAUAGCGGUAAGUUCAAGCCCACAAAGUAAAUCAAACAGGAAAUAAAUCAGACGUGCCGUUUUUGUGUUCACAGCUCAAUACCGUAAACAAACAGUUUAUAUUUUGAAAAUAAAGAAAGAAGGGCUUCAACAUUUUCAAGUACCUUUCCAUACAUGAAACGGCAGCAUACCGGUAACGAAAAUUGUGAAACUGAUUAUGUGGGACACAAUGAAGGUUGACAGGUUGACAUGUCAUCAGAUUUGAACUGUAUUUAAACUGUAAGAUUUGAAUCGUAUCAUCCUAGGAGUUUCUCUUUCCUCACAGGUCUGAUAGCGUGGUAUAUAUGCAGUGAGAUCGCCGGUAGAACUUUUGAAUUGUUCAAAAAUAAAUUAUUACAUCAUGUGAAAUAGAGACAACGCCGCAGAGCAAAAUUAAAAAUUUCACUUCGGUUCAUCUUUAAUUCUUCCAUCACUUUCAGGCAAUGCACAAUGCAAUGUCGAAGACAAAACAAUAGCUCCUGCGACGACACUAGGCACUCUGCAACUGCUGUUUAAAAAUGCGAGAGACGGUUUUAUAAACCGCGUUAUGAAAAUAACGCAAGAACAAUAGAUGUAGGUAUCUCGCGGGAUGCAUGUAACGAAGGUUUACGUUAAUGAAUAAAUCAAUCGAGCUUUUCCGCCUAAACGUAAAAAUUUCCCAAAUUUUGACUUUAAGAAAUACUUCGUUCUCCAAACCUCUUUUUAUUAACACACUCCGGGAUCGCUGAUGAAACUAACCCGAUAUACUUUAAGUAAACACCAAGAGAGGUUAUCCUCUCUUGGUAAACACCCCAGCCAGUUCUAGAGGGGGAGGGUGUUUCCUUAGGAACUGGUUAGCUCAAAUGACCACCAAGCUUUAAUAAUUAUUCGAUCUAAAAGAAAUACAUUUAUAAUUCGCAAUCAGAACAAACACAAAUCGUCUUAAUCUAGUAGCUAAAUUCAGAAAACUUCAAUGUUGACUUACUUCUGUUGCGGGUCGUUACAACAAUCGCACUUUACAGGUUAGCAAAUACUUUUAACAGAUUCUUUAGGUAAGCGGAUUUAUAGACAGACUGUAAAUUAUUUUCUUUCUCACUUCGAUUCUACUGAAAAACUGGUUUGAAACACAAUAGGCUAAUACAAUUCUUGUCAUCAAAUAAAUCUAUCCAAGAACAAACAGGCAACGUUUGUUUGAUAAAAGAAACAGAGGGGAGAUCUCUUGUACCUUGCAUUUCCAUUUCCACCGUUUUAUUCCUCGGCUUCAUACCCUUAGCCGGUACAAAUAAUAUUUACUAUUUUUCUAAAAUUUUCCUUCUUCGCCCACCUCUCACCCCUUCAUAAUUCCCUCCUAUCGUCCUCUUAUUUCCCGCCCUCUGUACCCCUCUAACCCCUUAAUCCUUCGAGCUACCCCAUCACUGUCAUCGUUUUCUAGGUCGUCGUUUUCUAGGUCGUUGUUUUCUAGGUCGUUGUUUUCUAGGUCGUCGUUUUCUAGGUCGUAGGUCUUCGUUUUCUAGGUCGUCGUUUUCUAGACACCCAAAUCAUUUUUCCGUGAAUGAAUUCAUUAGUUCGUUAGCGACGGGAACGCUUGACCUGGUUUGACUGUAAAAGUGAUGUUUUCGCUGCCGUAGCCGUCGUCGAUGCUAAAACCCCCUAAAGCCGGAGAAGGGAACUGACCAGAAAACGGCUUGACUAACUUCAAAUGGCGUUUUGCGACAAAACGUCCAGGGACAAAUCAGGAGCACCCAACGUCAAUUUUCGGAAAAUAUCUGUUCGGAAAAAAAUAAUAAUAACAAUCUUUUAAUAGGAUGCUCCAUCACAAGAGUGGUUUACAUAGAGGUCCUAAUUACGAGAUGUAUAUUAUAUAAUACAAUUAAAAUAUAAAAAGGUUAAGCUAAAAUCGAUAUAUAUGAUACAAAAAAAAAAAAAAAAAAAAAAAAAAAAAAAAUUCAAGCUAAAAUCGAGUUACAGAAAUAAUUAAAACAUACACACUACAAGUACUCAAUUAUAAAAAGCAAAAAAAGACACUUCUUAAAAAUUGGAAAACUUGCUGAGUUUCUUACAGUUCUCUCUAAUUCAUUAAAGUCUUUGAAACAGUGGUACCGCGAACGUUGUUUUCCCCAAUUAUAUUUAAUUUUGGGGAGCUUGAUAGUAUCGUUAUUGCGCGUAUUGUAGGAAUGUAUAUCACUCUUUCUUACAAUGUCCAAAGAAUGAUUAAGUUGGCCAUUAAUACACUUGUAUGCAUAUAUACAUCGAUGACAUUUCCUACGUUCUUCAAGAUUCAGCCAUCUCAAGACAAUCAAUGCAUCGGUGGAUGAGGAGUGAGGUGAUCUAUCUAAUAUCAACUUAGCUGCUUUGUUUUGGAGAAUUUGCAAUUCCUUCAUAAGUGAGACAUUGUCCUUGUCACCCCAGACUAAAUCAGCAUAAUCAAAAAUAGGUAGUACUAAGCUAUUAUAAAAAAGUAACCGGGCAUCAUAAGGUAAAUAAUACUUAAUCCUACGUAGAAGACCAAGGUUUUUAUUAACCUUACAUGAAAUAUACUCAAUAUGGUCGGACCAUGUGAAAGUUGAAGACAACAUAACUCCCAAAUAUUUAAAACUACUUACAGAAUUUAUAUCAGUGUCAAAAUAGAUAACGUGAAAGAGGAAAUACCAACAAGUUUCCUAUUACUGCCUAUAAUCAUGGAUUUCGUCUUAGUAAGAUUUAAAGUUAACUUAUUUCCAUGUAACCACUGGGCAACUUUCAAGAGAUCAUCAUUCAGUGCCUCUUCUAACAGGUGUGGCUCUUUAGCAAAGUAGUACAGGACCGUGUCAUCAGCAUACAAAGUCACUUCGCAAUUCUUUAUAACCAGCGGAAGGUCAUUAAUAUAAACCAAGAAGAGAAGCGGUCCUAGAAUGCUCCCCUGUGGCACCCCAAAGGUCAUCGGGAGAGGGUCAGACACAGCAUCGCUACAGGCAGUCCGCUGUUUACGAUGAUUCAGGUAAGACUUGAACCACUGUAGAGUGCUGGGCGAGACAUCGAUAGCCGACAAUUUAGAUAGCAAGAUCGUAUGGUCAACGGUAUCGAAUGCCUUGGUCAGAUCUAGGAACACUGCACCGCACAGUUCUCCACUCUCCAUAUGCAAUAGGACCUCAUCUGCAAAACUGGUGAGAGCCGAUGUUGUAGACAGUUUGGGACGGAAGCCAAAUUGUUUGCUUGAAAGGAGAUUAUUUGAAUUCAGAAAGUCAUAGAAUUGGGAAUGGACGACUUUUUCCAGAAUUUUACUCAUUGUUGGCAGAAUAGAAAUUGGGCGAUAAUUUGACGCAUCUCUCCUAUCUCCAGUUUUGAAAAGUGCAGCCACUUUCGAGCAUUUCCAUAUUUCAGGAAAAUUGCCAGUGCGAAUAGAGAGAUUCAGUAACUUGGUGAUCGAGGGACAAAUAGCACGCGCGCCACACUUUAAAAGUCUCGCACUGAUGUUGUCCAAGCCAAUAGCUUUAUUUGUCUUUAGAGAAAGCAGAUGCUUGAGUACUGUUUUCUCAUCAACUUCGUCAAGCGAGAAAGACUGUAGCAUCGUGGCCGAUCUGACUGGGAACAUAGCAGCAGCUGAUAUUUUAUUUGCAAGACUUCUGCCAAUGGAUGAGAAAUAACAGUUGAGCACGGAUGCAAUAGAGGCUGGGGUGGUGUGUUCAACACCAUCAACUACGAUACAUUGUGGGCUCGAGGAUUUAGUCUUGCGCGAAGACACCUCACCUCGGAAGACGAUUUGAGAUCUAGAAUUUUCCGAACACUUGUAAAAUUUCUUCCUUGCCUACCUCUCCUAGGAUUUUCGACCAUCAAAAAAUGGUAUAAUUGCCCAUUUUUAACGGAUUUUUACACUAAAGAGAUCACCUAGAAUUUUCGGGAGCCUUUUUUCUGGCUGAAAUUUUCGAAAAGGUAAGUUUUGAUCCCUAUAAUUUUCGGAUCACUAGACUUUCAGCUUGGAAAAACGAACAGAUGAAAAAUUUCUAGGGGAUAAAAGUAGGCCUAUAUCUACCGUUUAAAUACUAAAAUACGUUUAACAAUGCUAUGUUUAAGUGGUUUGAACUAUAUUCUCGCUGGGUGCCCCUGACAAAUUGGUUAAAUUGAUUUAUUAAUAAAAUUCGAAGAAGCCUAUAGGAAACACCAUUAACCAAAAUUUUUAGAAAUUCAUUUUUAUUUCUGAUUUUACUUGCAGAUGGAACCUUCUUCGCAACUUUUGUCCAACCCGAAUUCCAUCGAUAAUCAGUCCUCUGUUAUCAACAGCACAGCUUUAGCCAUUACUUCUCUAGUUUACGUGUUCGCGCCAGCAGAUUUCAGCAUAAAACUCGUUCUUGUUGUACUUUUUGUAAUUUUUGGAGUCAUCGGAUUGGUGGGCAACAUCCUAAUUCUUUAUUUUCUUUCCAAGAAAAAGUCAGUUCCUUUUCUGCAGUCUUCUCCUUUCCUAAGAAACUUCAAUCUUUACAUGAAAAGUUUAGCUCUUUCAGAGAUACUCGUAAUUUCCAUUGGAGGUGUUUUAGUUGGUAUAGAACUAAUGUAUGAUGUAUUCCAAAAUGGCUGGCCUUGUAAAAUACGUCGAUAUAUCAGCGGUACGUUUUACGUUAUAAGAGCGAAUAAUUUAAUUGUUAUAAGCACCGAGAGGUUUCUUUCAACCCGUGAUGUUCCUAAAACGUUCAGUGGUUCCACUGUCCGUAAAUUAGUGUAUACAGCGUGGCUUUCAGGUUUUUUUAUGGGGUUGUUUCCAGCAGCAGCAGUAAAUGGUGCAAGAUACGAUAUUAAUACUACACAUUACACAAUGGUCUGUAAACCCGAUACCAGUUAUCUACCUACCAGAGUAAUUAUGGUAGGCUUCGUACUUAUACAGGUCGUCAUACCAAGCAUUGCUUUGAUUUGUAUGAACAUCAUCAUAGCCAGAAGGAUAUGGAAAGGAAGCAAAAGAAGGAUCGAUAUACAACGAGAUAACGCCAUUAAGGCGAGGAUGAGAUCACACCAAAUCAAAAAAACUAGCUUAAUUAUAAUUGUCACCAUAGCUUCCGUUCUUUCUUAUUCGACAAUACUGUAUUACACAGCCUUUGUUGCGGUAGAUAAGCCAUCGCUAGAUUUCCAGGACGAUUUUGUGAUAAGACAUAUUAGUCGGGUGCUAGUUUUUUCCAGCAGUGCUAUAAACUUCAUCACAUAUCUGGUUCAGAUGAAGGAUUUCCGUGUAUUUUUACUGAAACAUUUUUGCGGCAAGGGU